AAAAUGGAUCUUUAAGGGUGUUUACGUUCAGUAAUCGGAUUUACAAUCGGAUUAAUCGCAGCCAACCGACGGAAAAAAAUUUCCUAGACUAAUCGGAUUUGUAAACCGUGUCUAUGGAGUGAUCGAAUUAGCUGAAUUAGCUCAAUAAUAAGGAAUUGUAGUGAAAAAAUUACUCGUAUCGUAAAAUUUUAAGAAGAAAUAGAAAAAUAGGUAUGUAUUUACUUUUUGUUAUUCUCGUAAUAAUUAACUUUUAUUGUUCUUUAAAUAUAUAUUAAGCGAUAGACGUAUUAAUAUUUUACAUAAAUAUUUUAAAGGAAUAAAUACAUUAUAACCUCACUCUAAUUAUUCGUGAUUAACGAUUGCAUGCAUAUAAUUUAAUAAUAGUUUUCUUAAGAUUUUUACAGAGCAAAAACAUGGAUUUAUUAGUUUUAUGGAAUGCAAUAUUUAAUAAUAAUGAAAAAGACGAAAAUGUGUUGCAAGUACGUCGUAUAAGAGAACAACAUAUUAGAAUUAGCCAAUUCUAUGAAAAUGUCAUUCUUAACUAUUCGUUAACAGAUUUUAAAUCACAUUUUCGUGUUACAAGAGGAACUUUUCAGCUGUUAAUACAACAUAUAGGACCAACCUUAUUACAAAGAGACAAUUGUCCUAAAAUACUACCAGACAAACUGCAUCGUGUGAUGAAAACUUUUGCCGUAAAUUUGCUCGAAACUUUUAGAAAGCCUGGCUAG